AUGGGUGAGCGGGGAACACCUGGGAACCCUGGGGACGACGGAAUAGGGUUGCCCGGCAAGCAGGCCGCGACGCUUCUUCCGGGUACCAGCUUUGAUCUCGAGACUGGUACAUUCACAUGUAGUGUGUCGGGCACCUACGUGUUUAUAUUUUCUGUGUGCAAACCUUCUGCCGGAAGCGAACUGUUCGUCAAUCUCCGGAAGAACGACGACGUGGUUGUCACUGGCUAUAAUACUGGUCCAAAUCGCUAUGGGUCGCUGUCUGGGAACGCGGUGCUGGUUCUGCAGCGAAGAGACACGGUUUAUCUUACCAUGCGCGGUAGAGCAGGUGGUGCUGCCAGUCACGACACCUCGUUCAGUGGCUUCCUCCUUUACCCCGAAUAA